GAGUAUUCACUUCAUAUGAUUUAAUUAAAAUAAAGAUGUGGCAAGAUGGACAAGUCGUCUGGGCAAAACUAAAAUGGUAUCCAUGGUGGCCAGCUAAGGUAGGUGAAGUAUCUUCCUCCCAAAUCACUGCUUUAUUUGAUGAUAACUUGCUCUAUCGUCCAUGACUUAUUUCCUGCUUUAGGUUGAAACGAUAGAUGGAAACAGCGACAAAGUUCGAGUCAUUUUCUUUGAAGACAAUACGUACAGAGAUAUGAGCAAUGAUAGUCUGGUUGAUUUCACAAAUGGUAUGAAAUACAAAAAGACCAAGAGAAAAGAUUUACUCAAAGCUAUCACCGAAGCUGAAGAGUACUUACGAAAGGCUGACGUACAGUCUGACUGUUUAUAUGCCCAGAAUGAGAUUUUGGAUAGCCAUGUCAGCUUAAGAUCAAGGAGUCAAAGCAAAAAGAGCAGGAAAUAAAUCUUCUAGCAGGAGCAAACAAAAAUCGAAGGGCCUAGCAUCUACUCUCCCAUUUAGUGAUUUGAAAAUGGGAAAAAUGGAAGAAAAUAAGGAGAUCUCUGCUAAAUACUGAUUCAGUUCUGAGAUUGCUGCUACUACUAAGUCUAUUUCACUCAAGAAGCCAUGAACCAGUGGAAAUUUCGUGAAGAAUGUUUCCCUCUCUUCUUGUAGUAAGAAAGAUACAUUGGUAGUUCACGCGAAAGGAGAUCUGGAAAUCUGAGAUUCUUUAGAGGCUAAAAAGAACGGGGAAAUAUCUGCUACAAAUCUCAAUGGUGAUGAAAUGGUGUGUCGUGACAAGAACGAUGUAAAUCCUUCCUCUGAAUGUGAUGAAGACAAGCUAGGGAAAGGAUUGCAUGCAGACUUAGAUGCAAUGAAAUCUGGGGAACAAAAAAGGAAAGUAGCGGAGUCGUUGCAAGACUCUUCAUGAAUUCUGCUGAAAAGACACCAGGCAACUUUCGCUGAAAAUAGAUAUCCAUUGUCUGAACCAGAACAUGACUCCAGGACCAAGAACUCUCUUGUGAAUGAUCUCCAAAGCGGCCAUGAUGUCAAGAAAGGUUUGGGAUCAACUUGAGAUUAUAUCUGAGACAUCUUCAUAGACCAUGACCUUGGUACUUGUAAAAAGUGCUCUCUUGACAGACCUCAUCAGAGGAACUUUAUGAAUGCUGAGAAGGAAGAAAAGCAUGCUCCAUUCUUCUCUAACUCAUCCAAAACAUCAGAGAAGGCUCCUUCAGGUUUAAAUAUUCGCAGGUCUAAGCGUCUGGGCAGUAGGAAGAAUAGGCAAUUAGAACCUUGGAAGCCCAAACCCACAAAGAAGGUCUCUCAAAGAGCUCUGAUUAGCAAGAAUGAUCUCUCAGGAAAGAAACGGGAGAAGCAAAGUAGCAAUGCAUAUGAGACUAAUUCUGCUACUAAGAAGACUGUAUAUCCUUCACAUGAGGAGGAAAAAUCUCAUACUUUCGGCUUUUCAAUGCCUAGCCAUCCUUUCAUGAAGGCUAAGGCAGGUCCUAAGGCUAAGAUUAAGGAGUUUAAGAGGAUUAGCAAGGACUUUUUGGAUCUGUGAAGUAAGCUAAGCUUCUCAGAGAAGUACUCCAUGACACUGAAAGAAAUUAGUGACCUCAAAGCGAAUGUCAGAUAUGUCUCUAGCUGUGACCUCAGCUAUAACCCCAUCGAUCAAUCUAAGAUGGGCAAGGUCCUAACUUUGUUUCUGGAUAAACGUCAGUAUAUUAAGAGCACUCAGAGUGUCAGGAAACUGAUAUCAGAAACAAGGAAGGCUAUGGAGAGAGUAACAUACUUUCUCCAAACUUAUUUCUUUGAUGAAAAUAAUUUAAAUGACUCGGAUAUUAGUUCUUACCACAGUAGUUGUUCUCCGGAGAGAACUUCCAGAACCCCCAGUAAUUAUGGGAAAGGGCUUAUGAUGCUCAGAAGAGCCUCUCAAAGAAUAGAAUCUGGGGUGCAUCCUCUUGAAUUAAGGGCUUCUAAUUCGUUUCCUGGUCAUAAUUUACUUCAAGCUGACUCUGGGAAGAAGUUCUCUGUUCCUGAAAAUUCGAGGAUAAGUUCUCUGAAGACUCAGAGGAAGACUUCAAUAGCUCAAAGCCCGCCAUUAUCAUCUCUAAUUUCAGAACAGUUUGAAGGGAUAAACCCUUCCAUUAUGAAUAUCCUGAGAAGCAAAACACGUAGUAGCUCGAAUGAUUUUCCUGGACCCAGCCUUGGCUUGAGUUCAGGAGCAGCAGAGCCUAGCAUGUCUUUUGAAGGCCUUCUUUCGGACUAUGUCCUUAGUCUUCCCACUUCGAUUGAUGAAUUUUAUAAAGUUAUGGGAGAACUCUAUGUUAGGGAGAUAUUGAACCAGAGGCCUGAACUUCAGAGUCCCUCUCAGCUCAUGAAAGAACUUCUGUUGGGAGACCCAACGGCCACUCAAGAAAGGAUCAGCCAUGACCUAGUCAGAGAUCUCAUGGAAGCUGCUACCAGCAGAAAGGAGGUCCGUGAGGACCUCUGCAGUGCUGGGGAGAAUCAGCUAGCUGAAAAUCUGAUGCAGCAUCACCUUAGCAAGGCCUUGAUCGAGCCUUCUUCUCUUGCAGAGCAGUCUAUACAUGAAGGUCAGAAUAUGGUAGACUCAAAUGUUUUAUCUGGCCAACAAAAUUUCUCUCUAAAAGAGAGAGAAACGAUUAGAACUGAGAUUCCUCUUCAAAAGAAGAAAAGAGAAGCGAAGUCUGACUAUAAAGAAAAUAAAAGAAGUUUAAAGAAGAUUUCUCAAAAUCCUCGGGACAAGACUUCUACAGGUCAGCCUGCUUGUGGGGAAGGUUUGCAGCCACCCACUCAUAAUGAAGAGGCUAAAAGACCUAAAACAGCACGCAAGAGGGCUCCUAAAAAGAAGAAUCCAAGAGUGUUUUUAUCCAAGAUCUCAAGUAAUUCUCAGGAAAACGGUGCUUCACAUAAGAGAAGGUGAACUGGAGAUGGUAUUGAGAAGUUCUGCCGGGAUACCAUUCUCAACUUAAUUAACGGUGUCGUUUAAAUACCUGUUUCUUACCUGAAAAUCUG